AUGGAGAAAUUAUCAUCAAGGGAAAAGGCAUUGGCGUUGCUUGACGCUUUGGAAAGAUAUGGCCAGGGCGACUACAUCGGAGAGUCAAUCAGUCAGUUGGAGCACUGUCUACAAGCAGCACACCAUGCCUCCAAGCCAGUGAGUAGAGAAUUUUGCACACCAAUCACAAGUGCUGACAGCUUCAUAGAUGCUCGUGAUGAAUUGGUGAUAGCUGCUUUAUUGCAUGACAUUGGCCAGAUCGUUCCUUUGGAAUCCACCCGAGAGGCACGUAUGGAACUGGGUCCAAGCCAAGCCAACGUUGGUCGUGUGGGCCAUGAGGCCAUUGGUGCUUCUUAUCUUCAUUCUCUGGAAUUUAGUGAGACGGUGUCUCGCUUGGUGAAUAGUCACGUUGCAGCGAAACGUUACCUAACGGCGAAGAGCCGAGAGUAUUACAUAUCCCUUUCUACCGCCUCCCAAAAGUCUCUCGAGUUCCAAGGUGGCCCUUUUCAGGGCGAUGAUCUGAAAGCGUUCGAAGCAGACCCUCUCCGAGAUGAUAUGGUUUCACUGCGAUUGUGGGACGAUGCUUCCAAGGUGGAAGGAAUCGAAGCUUUCACUCCCCGCACUCAAGCAUAUCUGGAUAUGAUCACCGGACAUCUGGACCGCCAAUGCUAA